AUGACGAAGCGCACCAAGAAGGUCGGCAUCACCGGCAAGUACGGCACCCGCUACGGUGCUUCCCUGCGUAAGCAGGUGAAGAAGAUGGAAAUCACCCAGCACGCCCGCUACACCUGCACCUUCUGCGGCAAGACCACCGUCAAGCGUAACUCCGUCGGCAUCUGGAACUGCAGGGCAUGCCACAAGACCAUCGCUGGUGGCGCCUACACCGUCUCGACUCCCGCCGCUGCCGCUACGAGGUCGACGAUCCGCCGUCUGAGGGAGAUUGCUGAGGUUUAA